GGCGGGGGGGGGGGGGGGGGGAUGUAAACCUCGCCGGCCGCAGCGGGCACCAGAAGGCUGUCAGCUCCUCCGGGAAAGCCAACUCAUCUCCCCAGCUCCGAGCAGUCUAUCCCGGCGGGCGAUCGGCAGCGGUUGCCGGCCGCCACCUCGACCUCCGCAGCGCCCAGUGGCGGCUGCGGGAAGCGGAGGGAACCGGACGCGGACGCGGACGGGGAGCCGGGGAACCGAGGAGCCGGGGACCGAGGAGCCGGGGACCCGAGGAACCCGCGUCCGUCCGUCCGUUCGCACAGGCAGCGGGAGACGAGGGGCGGCGCGAGCCAUGGCCGGGGACAGCGAGCAGACCCUUCAGAACCACCAGCAGCCCAACGGCGGGGAACCCUUCCUGAUCGGCGUCAGCGGGGGCACGGCCAGCGGCAAGUCUUCAGUUUGUGCAAAGAUUGUACAGCUCCUGGGGCAGAAUGAGGUGGACUAUCGCCAAAAGCAAGUGGUCAUCCUGAGCCAGGAUAGCUUCUACCGUGUCCUCACUUCGGAGCAGAAGGCCAAAGCUCUGAAGGGCCAGUUCAACUUUGAUCACCCCGAUGCCUUUGACAAUGAACUCAUCUUCAAAACACUCAAAGAAAUCACGGAAGGGAAAACAGUCCAGAUCCCUGUGUAUGACUUUGUCUCCCAUUCCAGGAAAGAGGAGACGGUCACUAUUUACCCUGCAGACGUGGUGCUCUUUGAAGGGAUCCUGGCCUUCUACUCCCAGGAGGUUCGAGACCUCUUCCAGAUGAAGCUUUUUGUAGAUACAGAUGCGGACACCCGGCUUUCCCGAAGAGUGUUAAGGGACAUCAGCGAAAGAGGGAGGGACCUGGAACAGAUUCUGUCUCAGUAUAUUACAUUCGUCAAGCCUGCCUUUGAGGAAUUCUGCUUGCCAACAAAGAAAUACGCUGAUGUGAUCAUUCCAAGAGGUGCAGACAAUCUUGUGGCCAUCAACCUCAUUGUGCAGCAUAUCCAGGACAUCCUCAACGGAGGGCUCUCCAAGCGGCAGACCAAUGGCUGUCUCAACGGCUACACCCCUUCACGCAAGAGGCAGGCAUCAGAGUCCAGCAGCCGGCCACAUUGACCCUUGUCUUCUUCCGACCCCAGCCCUUAGCUCCAAGAAACAGGAGGGGCCAGAAGGCAUCAUUCAUCUGUACAUACCUUUUCCUAUGACAUGACCGUAUUUAAGAAAACACCAGAGAUGAAAUGCCUUGAUUUCCAAACCCCCUUUUUGUACUUUUGAACAGCGAAUCAAACAGAACUUAACCCUGAGCUUAAUGAUGGACCGUGCCAACUACUACUGGUGAUGCCUAAUUAUGAAUCCAACGUGUAACCAGUUAUAAAUACAUACACACACACAUACAUACAUAUAUAUA